AUGGUACAAGAAAAUGGGCAGGUUCAAAAUAGGCCAAUUCUAAUUGACCAAUGGACAAGAUAUGACAAUGUACAACGACAGAAUAGUCGACCUUAUCGACCGUUCGUGCCAAGAAAUAACGAUCAAACAUAUGAAAGCGGUGCUGUUCUAACACCACAUCAACGACAGCGACGCACUCGUUCAAAUCGAGCGAGGCGCGAUCGCGAAGAGCGAGCAGCUAACCAAUUAAGUAAUCAAGCCGAUGCUCUACCAGUCGACAACCGUUUUGCCUGUUUUCUCGACCAAGACGAGAAUGACGAAAUACCGCUUGACGAAUGCACAGCGGCUACAACAUCGACUGCAAAAAGUAAUAAAAAGGCAGUACCAAAAAAACAAAAAAAUAAAAAGGCAGAAGCACAAGCAAAGAAACCAGUCUCAUUAGUUUCAAACGAUGACACCAGUGCUCUAGAUUCCGAGCAAAAACCUAAAGAAUAUAGAGAUCGGCCUUAUCUGAGGACAGAUCAUAUUCGACGGUAUUCGUACAGUCUAUCUAAACCCACUGACAUCGGUCCGACAGCUCGACAUAUAAACCGUUUUGCCACUAUUUCAGCACCAGUAUACGAUGCCUGGAUCCGAGACAAUUAUGAAUACCAAGUAGUUGAGAAACUCUUGGAAAUAGGCAUGGAAGAUAAACACUGGGCGCACGAGAUAGUGGAAAAGACAAAAACCCGUGACGAUACCGUGAACAACCAGUACUGUAUAGAUAAAAUAUCUCAGCUUCAAAGAGCUAUUUCAAAUCACGGGAAUGCAGUGACGAAACUGCAGAGUGAAUUAAUAGCAUUUGUACCAUAUUAUCAUGAUGCUCCAGGUACCAAUAAUAAUAACGGUACCGUGGCAGCACAUGAUCUUGUUGCACAAACUGCUCGUAAACCCAAACUACAUAUAAGGGCUGCAGAUAAUAUAACACAGAAAUAUCUGAAGAUACAUACCAAAAAGUUUGCAGAAAUUUGUGCUAAUCGUGUAAAUACAGCGUUUGCUGAACUCAAAGAGUUUAAACCAAUUUAA